AUGGCAAGACUUGAGGAGAAAGGCACAACUCAUGAGAAAAUUUUCCUAAACUCACAUCUUUGGUAUCCCGUCUUAACGAGUGCUAUCUCAGAUCUAACAACUGGCGCCCACGUGGGGCUGGAAACGCUUCUCGCUAUUCAUCUUGUAGGGACAAAUCUGUCCCCUCAAGAAGUGGAUCGACUUCGCCGCGAAGAUCUUUUUCGCCGCGAAGAUCUACUUCGCCGCGACGAUCUGCAUCGCCAAGGAUAUGACGAGAGCCCUCCUCCGUCCACACGACGCCGCUCGAAGAAAUCCUCUUCGAGCGACAAGCCUCGCAACCCGAAGAAAUCUUCUUCGAGCGACAAACUCCGCAAACUCAUGGAGAGUCUCGUCAAGCCGCUAGCUGAAGAAGACCCAUGA